CCUAAUUUUCCUUCUACUUUCCCCACCGCAGAUUUCAUCAUGAAUUUUUUUCAAUUUGCGUGUUGAGUUGAUCGGACGCUGUUAGGUCUGAUCCUUCACCAUGUUCGAAGCUCACGUACUGCAUUUGCUUCGAAAAUAUUUGGGCGAAUAUGUACAUGGACUGUCUUCCGAGGCGUUGAGAAUCAGUGUCUGGAAGGGUGAUGUUGUACUCAAGGAUUUGAAACUGAAGGCUGAGGCACUUAAUGCACUAAAACUCCCUGUUACUGUCAAAGCUGGCUUUGUUGGUACCAUUACAUUGAAGGUUCCGUGGAAAAGUUUGGGGAAAGAACCUGUGAUUGUUCUGAUCGAUCGUGUGUUUGUUCUCGCUCAUCCUGCUGCUGAUAGUCGGACUAUAAAGGAGGAGGAUAGGGAAGAACUUUUCCAAGCCAAGCUCCAGCAGAUUGAGGAAGCAGAGUCAGCUACACUUGAUGCAAUAUCUAAGUCUAAGCCAGGAAGUUCGUCUUCUGGAAAUUCAUGGCUGAGUUCUCUAAUUUCUACAAUUAUUGGAAAUCUCAAGAUAUCUAUCAGCAAUGUGCAUAUCAGAUAUGAAGAUUCAGUCAGUAAUCCAGGCCAUCCAUUUUCUUCAGGUGUGACUUUGGCUAAGCUUGCUGCUGUUACAAUGGAUGAGCAGGGGAAUGAAACUUUUGAUACCAGUGGUGCUUUAGAUAGAUUGAGGAAGUCAGUGCAACUUGAGAGGCUAGCUCUUUAUCAUGAUUCUAACAGGCUUCCUUGGGAGAUUGAUAAGAGAUGGGAGGAUAUCAGUCCCCAUGAAUGGAUUGAGAUAUUUGAAGAUGGCAUAAAUGAGCCUACUGAUGAUCAUAAGUUGGUGUCUAAGUGGGCUAUGAACCGGUCAUACUUGGUUUAUCCUAUCAAUGCAGUUCUGCAGUAUCACCGUCUUGGAAACCAAGAAAGAAUUAAUCCAGAAAUUCCAUUUGAGAAAGUUUCCCUUGUCCUUACGAAUGUCUCUCUUACUCUUACAGAGGCUCAGUAUCAUGAUUGGAUUAAACUUUUGGAAGCUGUUUCAAGAUAUAAAACAUAUAUGGAAGUUUCUCAUUUACGACCUGCAGUUCCCAUCUCAAAGGCUCCUUAUUUAUGGUGGCAGUAUGCUGCACGGGCUGCGCUCCAGCAGCAGAAGAUGUGUUACCGCUUGUCUUGGGACCAAAUUCGGCAUCUUUGUCAGUGUCGGCGACGAUACAUUCAGUUGUACGUGACUUCUCUUCAAGAUUUAUCACAUGUCAACCGCACAGAACUAAGAGAAAUAGAGAAGGAUCUCGAUUCGAAAGUGAUUCUUCUAUGGAGGCUACUAGCUCAUGCCAAGGUUGAAUCUGUGAAAUCCAAGGUAGCAGCUGAAGAAAGGAGGAUCAAGAAAAAGGGCUGGUUUUCAUUUAGAUGGCGUGCUGACACAGAAGAAACCUCUCCGGAUGAUGCUUCUGAGGGCCAACAGCUUACAGAAGAAAGUUUGACUAAAGAUGAAUGGCAUGCAAUCAAUAAGUUACUAAGUUACCAGCCUGAUGACGAGUUGAUGCCAAGACCCGCAAAAGAUAUGCAGAAUAUGGUCCAGUUUCUGGUAACUGUAUCUAUUGGUCAGGGUGCUGCUAGGAUUAUCAGUGUGAAUCAGGUAGAAAUUGUCUGUGGUCGAUUUGAGCAACUUCAAGUGUCAACAAAGUUCAAGCAUCGCAGCGUUUACUGUGAUGUGUUACUGAAGUUUUAUGGUUUAUCUGCUCCUGAAGGUUCACUUUCCCAGAGUGUUUAUAGUGAGCAAAAGGUGAAUGCAUUAGUGGCUAGUUUUGUGCACUUGCCAAUUGGGGAGAAUAUUGACUGGAGAUUGUCAGCGACAAUUGCUCCCUGCCAUGUUACGGUUUUGAUGGAAAGUAUUGAUCGUAUCUUAGAGUUUUUGAAGCGAAGCAAGGCAGUCAGUCCUACUGUUGCAUUGGAGACAGCUACUGCCUUGCAGGUGAAGUUUGAGAAAGUGACUCGCAGAGCACAAGAGCAAUUUCAAAUGGUUUUAGAGGAACAAAGCAGAUUUGCCUUUGAUAUUGAUCUUGAUGCUCCAAAAGUUAGAGUUCCUCUCAGAUCUAGUGGUUCAGACAGAUGUGAUAGUCAUUUUCUUUUGGAUUUUGGUCAUUUUACAAUGCACACUGCGGAAAGCCAGUGUGAUCAGCAGCGGCAGAAUCUUUAUUCUCGGUUUUACGUAUCUGGACGAGAUAUCGCUGCUUUUUUUACGGACUGUGGCUCUGAUUUCGGGAGCUGCAGCUUGGUGAUGCCAGAUUAUGAUAGUCAAAUACUGAACUCCCCCAUUACCGAAAAAGUUGAAAAUGUCUAUUCUCUAAUUGAUAGGUGUGGAAUGGCAGUACUUGUUAAUCAGAUUAAAGUGCCUCAUCCUAGUUACCCAUCCACUCUUAUUUCCAUUCAAGUGCCGAACCUUGGUGUUCACUUUUCAUCAGAGAGAUAUUUCAGAAUCAUGGAACUGCUGAACAUAUUGUAUAAGACUAUGGAAACUUGUAGUGAGCCUCCAGCUGAUAGUUUGCAAUCCAAACUUGCUCCUUGGAGUCCUUCAGAUCUUGCUUCUGAUGGUAGAAUCCUAGUUUGGAAGGGAAUUGGCAACUCUGUUGCUACGUGGCAUCCUUGUUUCCUAGUGCUUUCAGGAUCGUAUCUUUAUGUAUUUGAAUCUGCAAAGUCCCAAAGUUACCAGCGAUGCCUAAGCAUGGCUGGUAGGCAAGUCAUUGAUGUUCCCCCAACAAGUGUUGGUGGUUCCCCAUUUUGUAUUGCUGUAAGCACCAGGGGGGUGGACAUUCAGAAGGCUCUGGAAUCUUCUAGUACCUGGAUCUUAGAUUUUCGAGAGGAAGAGAAGGCUAGCUGGUCUAAAGGACUUAUUCAAGCUACAUAUCAAGCUUCUGCCCCCCCAUCAGUUGAUGUGCUAGGUGACUCAAAGGGUGCUACUGCUUCCUACAAUGUUCUUAAUACAACAAAUCCAAAAACAGCUGACAUUGUUAUAAAUGGGUCAUUGGUGGAAUUCAAGCUGUUUAUAUAUGGAAAGGUCAGAUACAACAUUGAUGGAAAACUUGAUGAGUCUCUAAUUCUUGAAGUUGUUGCGGAUGGGGGAAAGGUGCAUGUCAUUCUUGCAGAUGGUGACCUGACAGUGAAGAUGAAAUUGCAUUCUUUAAAAAUUAAGGAUGAACUUCAGGGUCGUUUAUCUGCAGCUCCACGUUAUCUAGCUGUUUCAAUCUUGAAAAAUGAAACUGCAUCUUCUUCCUCUGGCUCAUUUGCUUCCCAUGGGAAGGAUGUAUCUCUUGGAUUUCCUGAUGAUGAUGAUAGCUUUAUGGAUGCAUUAUCUGAAUUCAUUUCUCAAGCAGAUGGAGGACAUUAUUUACAUAAUAUGGAUUUGGAUCAGCAAGGUUUGAUGGGGAUUGCUUCUGAUCUUGUGUCUUUUGAAAGCUUAAUGCAUGAAAAGGAAAUUGAAAAGGGAAAGGGCAAUCCUCAUGAAGUAUAUUAUGAGGCAGAGGGAAGUGAUACUUCAAAUUUUGUAUCUGUCUCCUUCUCAACAAGGAGUUCUGGCUCACCUGAUUAUGAUGGUAUAGACACACAGAUGUGUGUUCGUAUGUCCAAACUGGAAUUCUUUUGCAACCGACCCACUAUUGUUGCUUUGAUAAGUUUUGGCUUGGAUAUAAGCUCUGGAAAUAAAGUGACAAAUCAUACAGACAUUUCGGCAAAUUCUGCAGAUAGACCUUUGGUGAAGGAGAGGACUGAUGAAAAGGGGCGCGUUAGAGGAUUGUUAGGAUUUGGUAAAGAACGUGUAGUAUUUUAUUUAAACAUGAAUGUCGACAAUGUAACUAUUUUUCUUAACAAGGAGGAUGGUUCUCAACUUGCUACGUUAGUACAAGAAAGUUUCCUAAUGGAUCUCAAGGUUCACCCAAGUUCUAUUUCCAUUGAUGGAACAUUAGGCAACUUUAGACUCUGUGAUACAUCCCUUGGAACAAAUGAAUGUUGGGAUUGGCUUUGUGACUUACGUAAUCCUGGUGUUGACUCCCUUAUAAAGUUCAAAUUUAAUUCUUAUAGUGCUGAAGAUGAUGACUAUAAAGGAUAUGACUACAGUUUGCAAGGUCAACUCUCAGCUGUUCGCAUUGUUUUCCUUUAUAGAUUUGUGCAAGAGAUAAUGGUGUACUUUAUGGAACUUGCCUCCCCUCAUACUGAAGAAGCUAUUAAACUUGUUGAUAAAGUUGGAGGAUUUGAAUGGCUGAUUCAGAAAUAUGAAAUAGAUGGAGCUACUGCUCUCAAGCUGGAUCUUGCUCUUGACACUCCAAUUAUCAUUGUUCCUAGGAAUUCAAUCAGCAAAGAUUAUAUACAACUUGAUCUGGGCAAGCUACAGAUUAAAAAUGAAUUCAGUUGGCAUGGAUCUCGAGAAGAAGAUCCAUCAGCUGUGCAUAUUGAUCUUCUUCAUGCUCAGAUUCUGGGUAUUAACAUGUCUGUUGGAAUUGAUGGUUGUCUUGGAAAACCAAUGAUACGGGAAGGUCAAGGACUUGAUAUAUUUGUUCGUCGAAGCUUGAGGGAUGUUUUCCGAAAAGUCCCGACAUUUUCCCUUGAAGUGAAGGUGGAUCUAUUGCAUGGUGUAAUGUCUGACAAAGAAUAUAAGGUGAUUUUGGAUUGUACAUACAUGAAUUUAUCAGAACAGCCAAGGCUUCCAGCUAGCUUUCGUGGUGGAAAAUCUGGUUCGAAGGAUACUAUUAGGCUUCUGGUUGAUAAGGUUAACCUGAACAGUCAACUUCUGUUGUCACAAACAGUUACAAUUAUAACUGUUGUGGUGAACCAUGCCUUGCUGGAGCUUUGUAAUGGCACUGACGGGGAGUCUCCACUGGCUCAUAUUGCGCUGGAAAGUCUUUGGGUUUCAUAUCGUAUGACUUCUUUGUCAGAGACAGACCUCUUUGUGACAAUUCCAAAAUUCUCUAUACUAGAUGUUCGUCCUGAUACGAAACCUGAAAUGCGUCUGAUGCUAGGAUCAUCUACUGAUGCUUCCAAACAAGCAGUUACUGGGAAAGUUCCCUUAUCAUUUAAACUGGGUAGCUUAAGGAGGACUAUGAGUGAAGCUGUAAUUGAUGAUAUGCCCAUUUCAACAAUGUUCUUGAUGGACUGCAGGUGGCGGAUGUCAUCCCAAUCAUUUGUGAUUCGUGUGCAGCAACCACGACUCCUUGUUGUGCCAGAUUUUCUUCUUGCUGUGGCUGAGUUUUUUGUGCCUGCUCUGGGAGCACUAACUGGAAGAGAGGAAACAACGGAUCCAAAGAAUGAUCCUAUUAGCCGAAACAGUAGCAUAGUGUUGAUGGAAUCAGUUUACAUGCAGAAAGAUGAUGUGGUGCAGCUCUCUCCAUCUAAACAGUUAGUGGCAGAUUGUGUAGGCAUUGAUGAAUACACAUAUGAUGGUUGUGGAAAGGUUAUUUGUUUAUCUGUUGAAACAGAUGCAAAGGAAGUCCGCAGCACAAGGUUUAGACCAAUUAUAGUCCUUGGACAUGGUAAAAGAUUGCGAUUUGUUAAUGUAAAAAUUGAGAAUGGUUUUCUUCUAAGGAAGUAUACGCACCUGAGUAAUGACAGCAGCUACUCAAUCUCUAUAGAAGAUGGGGUUGACAUUGUGGUUCCAGGCAAUUUGUCAUCUGGUGAUGAGGAAAGCCUUGACAACAUGAAUCAAACAUUGGACACUUCUAUAUAUUCUCAAAGUGAAUCAAAUGAAGCUCGAAGUUUUACCUUUGAAACCCAGGUUGUUUCUUCCGAGUUCACGUUCUAUGAUGGUACGAAGUCAUUUCUUGAUGAUUCAUCUUAUGGCGAGAAGCUUAUUCGUGCAAAGUUGGACCUGAGCUUCAUGUAUGCCUCCACAGAAAAAGACACUUGGAUCAAAGCCCUGGUGAAGGAUUUUACUGUUGAGGCUGGUUCUGGACUUAUCAUUCUAGAUCCAGUGGAUAUAUCAGGAGGAUAUACUUCUGUGAAAGACAAAAAAAAUAUAUCAUUGCUAUCAACGGACAUUUGUAUUCAUCUUUCACUAAGUGCUGUUUCUCUUAUACUAAAUCUUCAAAGUCAGGCAUCUGCUGCAUUAAAUUUUGGAAAUGCAUCUCCCCUUAUUCAAUGCACCAACUUUGACCAAAUCUGGGUGUCUGAGAAAGAGACUGGUCCCAAAAGCAAUAUUACCUUUUGGAGGCCUCGAGCUCCUGCAAACUAUGUUGUAUUAGGAGAUUGUGUGACAUCAAGGCCAAUUCCUCCUUCACAGGCUGUAAUGGCAGUAAGUAACACAUAUGGCCGUGUAAGGAAGCCUGUUGAUUUCCAUCUUAUUGGGUCAUUCAUGAAUAUUCUAGGGCAUGGUGGAGGUGAAGGCCAUUCUGUUUCUGACAGUGAUUGUUCUCUUUGGAUGCCCAUUGCGCCCCCAGGGUACACAACACUAGGCUGUGUAGCCCAUGUUGGGAACCAACCACCACCAAAUCAUGUUGUUCAUUGCUUACGUUCUGAUCUUGUGACAUCAGCAAAAUAUUCAGACUGCUUAUUUAAUAUCCCAUCAAACAAUCAAUUCAGAUCUGGAUUUAGCAUAUGGCGCCUUGAUAAUGCUAUUGGCUCAUUUUUUGCACAUUCUGCAACUGGUUGCCCUCUCAAAGACAUAUGUUAUAACUUAAAUUAUCUGCUUGUCUGGAAUUCAAUUCGAGCUCCUCUGAUCGGUCCAGUGUCAGAUUUUAAUUCUGAACUUGAAAAUAAUAAUCAGCAGACAAGCAAAAGUGUGAAUACAUCUGGAUGGGAUAUUCUCAAGUCCAUUUCAAAAGCAACUAACUGCUAUAAGUCUACACCGAACUUUGAAAGGAUUUGGUGGGACAAAGGUAGUGACCUCCGUCGCCCAGUCUCCAUUUGGCGACCUAUCGAACAUCGUGGUUAUGCUGUUUUGGGUGAUUGCAUUACUGAAGGCCUAGAGCCUCCUCCACUGGGAAUAAUCUUCAAGAAUGACAAUCCUGAUAUCUCUUCAAAACCUGUUCAAUUUACCAGAGUUUCCCAUAUUGUAGGGAAAGGGUUUGAUGAAGUUUUCUUCUGGUAUCCUAUAGCUCCUCCUGGUUAUGUUUCUCUGGGAUGUGUUGUCUCCAGAACAGAUGAAGCCCCACGUGCAGAUUUGUUUUGCUGCCCAAGGAUGGAUCUUGUAAGCCAAGCAAACAUUCAUGAGGUGCCUCUUUUGAGAUCUUCAAGUUCAAGGGCUCCUCAAAGUUGGAGCAUAUGGAAAGUUGAAAAUCAGGCAUGCACUUUUCUUGCUCGUUCUGACCUUAAAAAACCAUCAAGCCGAUUGGCCUACAAAAUUGGUGAUUCUAUGAAGCCCAAGAAUCGGGAAAACAUAAAUGCUGAGCUGAAGUUGCGAUGCUUUUCCCUUACGAUUUUGGACAGCUUAUGUGGAAUGAUGAGACCCCUAUUUGACACUACAAUUACAAAUAUUAAGCUUGCAACACACGGUGGACUAGAUGGGAUUAAUGCAGUACUGAUUUCUUCAAUUGUUGCUUCAACCUUCAAUGCACAAUUAGAGGCAUGGGAGCCCCUUGUGGAGCCAUUCGAUGGAAUAUUCAAGUUUGAAACUUUUGAUACCAAUGUACAAUCGCCAUUAGGACUUGGGAAGCGAGUUCGAAUUUCUGCUACCAGCAUCUUGAAUGUAAAUCUCAGUGCAGCAAACCUUGAAUCCUUCGUGGGAAGCAUUCUUUCAUGGAGAAGACAGUUAGAGCUUGAACAGAAAGCAUCCAAGCUAAAUGCGGAGGUUGGUGGUCAACAAGGCAAAGGAGAAAAUACAACUUUUUCUGCACUAGAUGAGGAUGACUUGCAGACUGUGAUAAUAGAAAAUAAACUUGGGUGUGACAUUUUUGUCAAAAAAGUUGAACAUGAUGUAGAUACAGUUGACAAGCUACAUCAUGGCGAUUGUGCUUCUGUGUGGAUUCCACCUCCUAGGUUUUCAAAUAGGUUAAAUGUUGCGGAUGAAUCUAGGGAAGCACGUUAUUAUGUUGCUGUACAGAUACUUGAAGCCAAGGGUUUACCUAUCAUUGAUGAUGGUAACAGCCAUAACUUCUUCUGUGCUUUGCGUCUCAUUGUUGACAGUCAAGCAUCAGAACAGCAAAAGCUUUUUCCCCAAAGUGCAAGAACAAAGUGUGUGAAGCCUGUAGUAUCAAGAAUUAAUGAUUGGGAUGAAGGCAGAGUAAAGUGGAAUGAACUUUUCAUAUUUGAAGUUCCCCGAAAGGCCCCUGCUAAGUUGGAGAUAGAGGUUACGAAUCUUGCUGCAAAAGCUGGAAAAGGGGAUGUUGUGGGUGCACUUUCUUUUUCUGUUGGACAUGGAGCAAAUACUCUAAAGAAGAUUCCUUCAGUGAGAAUGUUUCAUCAACCGUAUGAUGUUCAGAAUAUUAGAUCAUAUCCACUCAGUAGAAUGCAAAGCAAUGUUGAAGACAUGCAUGAUGGGUGCCUCUUUAUUUCAACUUCCUAUUUUGAAAAAAACACAAUUGCUAACCUUCCAAAAGAUAUGGAAAUUGAGAACGUUGCUGAUAGAGACAUAGGUUUUUGGGUGGGGCUUGGUCCUGAGGAUGAGUGGGAGUGUAUUCGAUCAUUGCUUCCACUUUCAGUGGUUCCAAAAUCAUUACAGAAUGAAUAUAUUGGUAUGGAAGUUGUGAUGAAAAAUGGAAAGAAGCAUGUAAUUUUCAGGGGUCUUGUUACAGUAGUGAAUGAUUCGGAUGUGAUGUUGAAUAUUUCAACAUGUCAUGCAUCUCAUGGUUAUGAUCCCUCACCUGGAGCAAACAGUUCUAAUACUAGCGUAGCAAAUACCGUGCACCCUGGAGCUUCUGCUGUUUUAUCUUGGAGAAGUACAUCCAAGGACUCUGACCAAUGUUUGCAAGUUCGACCUCAUUUUGAUAAUUCUCAGCCCUCAUUCUCAUGGGGUCGUGUUGUAGCUGUCGGUUCAAGUUAUAUAUAUACCAAAGACCAAUUUUUAGUUCAAGGUUCUAGACAGAAUUCUGUGACACCCGAUUCUUUGAAGCUGAAUGAGCUUGAGAAAAAGGAUAUACUUCUGUGCUGUAAUCCUAGUAAUGGAAAUAAACAAUUAUGGCUUAGUGUGGGUACAGAUGCCUCAGUUCUUAAUACUGAACUAAAUGUACCUGUAUAUGAUUGGAGAAUAUCUAUCAACUCUCCUAUAAAAUUGGAGAACCGGCUUCCUUGUCCUGCUGAAAUUUCGAUCUCAGAGAAAACAAAGGAAGGAAAUUGUGUUAAGCGGCAUCAUGGUGUCAUAUCUUCUCGUCAAAGUGUACAUAUUUAUUCCGCCGAUAUUCAGAAACCUUUGUAUCUUACUUUGGCUGUGCAGGGUGGUUGGGUUAUGGAAAAGGACCCCAUUCUUGUACUGGAUCCUUCUUUCUCAAAUCAUGUCUCAUCUUUCUGGAUGGUUCACCAGCAAAGUAGAAGGAAAUUGCGUGUGAGCAUUGAACAUGAUAUGGGUGGGACAAAUGCUGCACCAAAAACCUUAAGACUUUUUGUCCCUUAUUGGAUUGUCAAUGAUUCUUCUCUAGCUUUGGCAUAUCGUGUGGUGGAAGUGGAACCUAUGGAAAAUGCAGAGAUGGAUUCUGUCUCUCUCUCUAGGGCAGUUAAGUCUGCCAAGACAGCCUUGAAAAAUCCCAUAAGCUCAAUGGAUAAAAGGCAUUUUUCAAGGAGAAACCUACAAGUACUUGAAGUAAUUGAAGACAAUAGCCCAUUCCCUAGCAUGCUUUCUCCACAAGAUUAUGCUGGUCGUAGUGGAGUUACAAUGUUUCAAUCUCAGAAAGAUACAUACUUGUCACCUAGGCUGGGCAUUUCUGUUUCUAUGCGCCAUUCUGAAGUUUACAGCUCUGGGAUUUCUCUGCUUGAAUUGGAAAACAAGGAACGUAUUGAUGUCAAGGCUUUCAAUUCUGAUGGAUCUUACUACAAGCUUUCAGCUUUGUUGAAAAUGACUUCAGACAGAACAAAGGUGGUUCAUUUCCAGCCACACACAAUGUUCAUUAAUAGGGUUGGAUGUAGUCUCUGCCUGCAGCAAUGUGAUACUCAGUCAGCUGUAUGGAUUCAUCCUACUGAUCCUCCAAAACCCUUUGGGUGGCAGUCAUCAGCCAAAGUUGAACUAUUGAAGUUGCGUAUUGAUGGCUACAAAUGGAGUACACCAUUUAGUGUGAGCUAUGAAGGCGCAAUGCGCAUUAGCUUGAAAAAAGAUGUUGGAGAUGACCUAAUGCAAUUAAGGGUAGCAGUAACAACUGGUGCAAAGGGAUCCCGGUUUGAAGUUAUUUUUCGUCCAAAUUCAUUGUCGAGUCCUUACAGGAUUGAAAAUCGCUCCAUGUUCUUGCCCAUUCGCUUUCGUCAAGUUGAUGGUACCGGUGAUUCCUGGCAGCUGCUUCUACCAAAUUCUGCUGCUUCAUUUCUGUGGGAAGAUCUUGGUAGAAGACGUUUAUUGGAAUUCUUGGUAGAUGGAACUGACCCAAUGAAAUCACUCAAGUAUGAUAUUGAUGAAAUUUCUGAUCACCAACCCGUCCAUGUAGCAGAUGGACCAACCAAAGCCUUGCGUGUUACUAUUGUAAAGGAAGAGAAAAUCAAUGUUGUUAAGAUCAGUGAUUGGAUGCCUGAAACUGAACCUACAGGCAUUCUGAGCAGAAGAUAUUUAUCAUUAAUGAAUGAUUCUCAAAAGCAACAACUUAUGUCAAUUACAGAUUGUGAAUUUCACAUAAAUUUUGAUGUUGCUGAGCUUGGGAUAUCUAUUAUUGAUCAUACACCUGAGGAAAUUUUGUACCUGUCUGUUCAGAAUCUUGUUCUGGCAUAUUCAACUGGUUUGGGCUCUGGAAUUAGUAGAUUUGAACUCAGAAUGUGUGGUUUACAAGUGGACAACCAAUUGCCGUUAACUCCGAUGCCAGUUCUUUUUAGGCCACAGAGAGUUGUGGCAGAAACUGAUUAUAUCCUGAAAUGUUCCGUUACAAUGCUGUCAAAUGGAUCGUUGGAUCUUUGUGUCUAUCCAUAUAUUGGUCUUCAUGGGCUAGAAAGUUCUGCUGCCUUUUUGAUAAACAUUCAUGAACCUAUUAUUUGGCGCCUUCACGAAAUGAUCCAGCAGGUGAAGCUCAGUAGGCUGCAUGAUUCUCAAACAACUGCUGUAUCAGUUGAUCCAAUCAUUCAAAUUGGUGUCCUUAAUAUUUCGGAAGUUCGAUUCAAAGUGUCAAUGGCUAUGUCACCAAGUCAAAGGCCAAGGGGUGUUCUUGGGUUCUGGGCAUCCUUAAUGACUGCGUUGGGUAACAUGGAAAAUAUGCCUGUCAGGAUAAACCAGAGGUUUAUCGAGAAUGUGUGCAUGAGGCAAAGUUCUAUGAUUAGCAUGGCUAUCUCAAAUAUCCGGAAGGAUCUUCUAGGCCAGCCACUUCAGCUGCUUUCAGGUGUUGACAUAUUGGGCAAUGCAAGUAGUGCACUUGGACAUAUGAGUAAAGGUGUAGCUGCUUUGUCUAUGGAUAAGAAGUUCAUUCAAAGUCGGCAGAGACAGGAAAGCAAAGGUGUGGAGGAUUUUGGUGAUGUUAUAAGAGAGGGAGGUGGAGCAUUAGCUAAAGGUUUAUUCAGAGGGGUAACUGGCAUUUUGACAAAGCCUCUUGAAGGAGCAAAAUCUUCUGGUGUUGAGGGUUUUGUUCAGGGCGUUGGGAAGGGUAUUAUUGGUGCAGCUGCACAACCAGUGAGUGGAGUUCUGGAUCUUCUGUCAAAAACGACUGAAGGUGCUAAUGCUAUGAGAAUGAAAAUUGCAUCUGCUAUAACAUCUGACGAACAACUUCUGCGGAGGAGACUACCUCGUGUUAUAAGUGGCGAUAAUUUGCUUCGACUAUAUAAUGAGUACAAAGCUGAAGGACAGGUCAUACUGCAGUUGGCAGAAUCAGGUUCAUUUUUUGGCCAGGUUGAUCUAUUCAAAGUUCGCGGAAAGUUUGCCUUAUCAGAUGCAUAUGAAGAUCACUUCAUGCUUCCAAAAGGGAAAAUCCUCAUGGUCACUCAUAGAAGAGUCAUACUAUUGCAACAACCAUCCAAUAUUAUUGCUCAGAGGAAGUUCAGCCCCGCAAGGGAUCCAUGUUCAAUACUAUGGGAUAUACUGUGGGAUAACCUGGGUACAAUGGAACUGACACAUGGAAAAAAAGACAACCCUAAAGCUCCUCCAUCACGGCUCAUUUUAUAUUUGCAGUCUAGAUCAUUGGAUAUGAAAGAAAAUGUUCGCAUUAUAAAAUGCAGCCCUGAAUCCCAUCAAGCUCUUCAAGUUUACUCUUCAAUUGCGCAUGCAUUAAACACCUACGGCCCAGGUGUAAAGGGAAUACCGAAAAAUAAAAUGACAAAACCAUAUUCUCCACUUGUUGAUGGCUCUAGUGUUGAUUUAACCCUGAAAGAAGGGGUUUACCCCUGGUCCCCCGAGCAGAUGCCUGGAUUAGCUCCUCCCUCUUCAACUUUUGGAAGCAGUGCCGAUCCCCAGGAUUGAGUUUCCACUAUACAUUGUUCAUCACCUUCAACAUAAUCAAGGCCGUAUCUUGAGCAGUCCAGCCGAAAUUCUCUCUAUAGUCUGAUCUCAUUCCUGCUCACAUCCGUUCAACCAGUACAGACAGAGAUGACCCCAGUUGCCGUUCAGCUUGAGAGGCAUCUUUGUUUUGCAUUUUCCUCACUAUAUUAUCUGGAAGGAUUGGGAUGGUAAUGCUGGUUUCUGGAACCUUAUACCUAUCUUAUCUGAUAAUAACGGUUAGCUGGAGGGAAUUGAUUCAAAAUCUAUGAAUGCUGAGUUACUCGAUCUCUGAGGAGACAGUUUCCUUUCCGUCUCUGAGCAUCAUGUCCAAUAGUUAUUGUAUAAUAUUGAAGGAAACAGUUUUCAUUGUACAUAUAUACAAAAUCACACAGCUCAGAUAGCACCCUGCUUGUCCCCGUCAUGCCCUUUUCAAGUUUUCUAUCUUUAGAGGAAAGGCCGGUUAUGUACUGCUUUGUAAGUGGGAAUACAAUCUGAAUUGUUUUCCUCCAUUUGAGGAAACAUUUUUGAAAAUUUGCAUAUGCUCCGUCAUUAAUGAAAGU